AUGGGAAACUGCUGUAUGCGUGUGGGCAUUACCACUAGAACUGAUGAAAGAAGAAUGCAUAAGAAAUCCAUUACAAAAAAAUCAAAUAAGCCAUCAUAAAUAAGAGAUCAAAUGAAUCAUUUUGAGGAGAAUCAAUCAGAGAUAGAUCGAUAAUUACUUAUCUCCUCAAGCUAGACCCAAGAAAACUUCAUUUCCCAUUCUAGUGUGAGUGAAUCAUCCUAUUAUAAACGAAAUUCAGAAUCUAAAUCUAAGAAUAAGCAUACCUCACGGAUAAGUGAAAAGUAUAAUCUUAUAAGAUCUCUUCAUCAGCAAGAGGAUCAAAGACUUACAGAUCAUUUUCAUAAAAGUCUUAUCUCUUCUCAGAGAUAAACCAUUGCUAAUAAUAAAAUGGAUAAAUCUGAUUCAAAAAUCUAAAAUGAUAGGAGAAUCAAUAAUAUAGAAGACUCAAUAAUUUCAAAUUCAUCUAACUAAAACAAUUUAAAUGAUAAAAAUUGUGACCCAUAUUUUGUCUUUGAAAAUUCUUAAAAUCUCAAUGAUAACCAAUAAGGUAUUCAACAAUCAGCAAGUACUAAAACAAAAACAAAAACAUAAAAGUCAUCCUCAUCAAAUCUUAUUGCAAUGAUUGAACAGAAACUUAUUAGAAAAACCAGAAUUACUAUAGCAAUGUAAAACAAGCGCAAAAGACACAACACUUUAAAGUAAAAUAAACCAAGUUUUAAUGAUAUUAAUUUCGAUAAGAUGGAAGAUCUCCAUCAUCAUGAAAGAGAAACUAUGCUAAAAGGAUUGAAAUAUUCCCUAAUGAAAUCUAUUAUUGACAAUAGUUAGGAUCAUGGUAAAAGAUAAAGAUCUUAAUCUUAAGAAAAGUUGAAAACAUCUUAAACUAACAUCAUCAAAAAACAUUAAGAGAAUGAAGAGAUAACAUACCUGAUAACUGAAGACAUUGAAGAUGAUUAAGAUUCAUUCAUUGAAGAUGUUUUUGAUUUGGAAAAAAACAGAGAUAACCUGGAAGAUAUAAGAAAUGAACCCUUAAAAAAUAUCAAUAAUUUUGUAAAGAGUCUGAAAAAGACAAAUACAAACAUUGGUUUAAAGAAUAGAGAUAAUAUUAAUUUAAUUGGGCAUAACUAAAAAGCCAAAGGGUAAUCUCCAUCCACUAAAAUAUCAAGAUAAAAUACGAUGAAUCCAAACCAAAAGGAAUAGGUAUAAUACAAUAAAGUAGAUAUGUUUGAGAAUCACAUCACAUACAAAGCUUAAAUUGAGGGAGAUAGAAUUGAUGAAAUGCUAGAAAAUUUUGUAAAACAUUAUAAAGUCAGGGUUCCCAUCACUCGUAUUGACCAGUCAAAGUAUUUGUUUGGAAUGAGACUUUUUCAUGCUUAGAUUAUUAAUGGAAUUCUCAUGGUAAGAGUAGGAGGAGGAUUUAUGACUAUGGAGUAAUUCGUAGAUAAACAUAGCACUAAAGAGAUUUUCUAAUUGAGAGUAAGAAUGGCAAAGGAUAAGAAAAAAAUUAAUAAGAUCAUCACAGAAAUAGCUGAUAAGUAUAAGAUAAAGAAAUUUACAUGA